AUGCGGUUACUACUAUUAAUUCUAUUACAUUAUUCAUUCUUCAUUCCUAUUAUCAAUGGAGUUUUUGUUCAAAAACAUAAAAAUAGAUUUAAAGCAGCUGAAAUAGGAAAUAAAAAAGAUAGGAAUAAUAAUAUAUAUGAUGAUGAGAAUGAUGAUGAAUUAUAUGAUCCAAGUAAUAGGUUAUCUUUAUAUUUACGUAAUCAUGCAAAACCAUAUCGUAGACCUGUGGUUAAUCCUAAUGAAAGAUUAGAUGUUUAUGUAAAAGCUUCAUUAUAUCAAAUUGUAGAUAUUGACCAAAGAAAUAAUCUUGCAACAAUCUCAGGAUAUUUUGAUGUAUGGUGGUAUGAUCCAUAUUUAAAAUGGAAUAUUAGUGAUUUUGAUAAUAUAUCAAAAACAUUUGUACCUAUUAAAAAUAUAUGGAAACCUGAAUUUCAUCUUUAUCAUAGUAUUCAAGGUAGAACACCAGAUUAUGACCAAUAUGCAACAGCUCAAGUAGAAAAUAAUGGACGUAUACGAAUGUUUGUUCCAAUAACAUCAAGAGCUUUAUGUCCUAUAAAUGUUAAGUAUUUCCCUUUUGACACACAAAAUUGUUCAUUUAUGGUAAGUUAA